GGGUCAUCAACGUGUCCGUACACGGACAAACGUGUCUGUACACUGACAGGGACUUGCAUGAGCUAUUGAAUGAAGUAUUAACCCCCCUCACGCAACUGUAUGCUCCAAGGAGACGGUCAGACUUUUAUGAAAACCAUGCGUGGUUCCCUCGUCUAUCAAUUAAUAUCUGGAGAAGCUUUUUGUUUCUGCCUUCUGACCUGUUGAAAUUGCCCGAGGGCGUGUUUUCAGUCUUGCUGCAACCCGUCUACGGUUGAAGUUCACGUAAGAAAGGUGUACCGGAAGUUCGGGUGAGCCCCCAGAAUGAUGGAAAGAAAGACCGCGCAACUGUGGAUAAAGUCUUCUUUGCUCGAUUUAGCCGGAUCAUGAGGAUCAUUGUUCCACGAAUAUUCUGCAAAGAGUCCGGCUACCUGCUUCUCAUCGCAGUCAUGCUGGUGGCUCGGACGUACUGUGAUGUAUGGAUGAUCCAGAAUGGCACCAUGAUAGAAAGUGCAAUUAUCGGCCGCAGCAUAAAAGAUUUCAAGAGGCACUUGUUCAGCCUCAUCAAAAUCAUGCCGUUUAUGGCACUGGUGAACAACUUCUUGAAGCUGGGUUUGAAUGAGCUGAAGCUUUGCUUUCGUGUGAGGCUCAGCAAGCACCUCUAUGAAGAGUAUUUGAAAGGCUAUACCUACUACAAAAUGGGAAACCUGGACAACCGCAUUGCAAACGCAGACCAGCUCCUCACACAGGAUGUAGAGAGGUUCUGCAACAGCGUGGUGGAUCUGUACUCCAACCUCAGCAAGCCCCUCCUUGAUAUCAGCCUGUACAUCUUCAAGCUGACGACAGCCAUCGGUGCUCAGGGCCCUGCAGCCAUGAUGGCGUACCUUUUGGUCUCUGGGCUGUUACUGACAAGGUUAAGAAGGCCCAUCGGCAAAAUGACUGUGACAGAGCAGAGGUAUGAAGGGGAGUACAGAUACGUCAACUCGCGUCUCAUCACAAACAGUGAGGAGAUUGCCUUCUACAAUGGUAAUAUGAGAGAAAAGCAGACAAUCCACUCAGCCUUCAAUAAACUGGUUGAUCAUUUACACAAGUUCAUAUUCUUCCGUUUCUCCAUGGGGUUUGUGGACAGUAUCAUUGCGAAGUACCUUGCGACCGUGGUAGGCUAUCUGGUGGUGAGCCGGCCAUUCCUGGACCACUCCCAUCCUCGUCAUCUGAACAGCACACACGCCCAGAUGCUGGAGGACUACUACCAGAGUGGCCGCAUGCUGCUGAGCAUGUCUCUGGCUCUGGGGAGGAUUGUUCUGGCCGGCAGGGAAAUGACCCGGCUGUCGGGGUUCACUGCCCGUAUCACCGAGUUAACAAAGGUGCUUAAAGAACUGAAUGCUGGGAAAUAUGAGCGAACCAUGGUCUCUCAAGAGAAAGAAAUGGAAGGCUCUCAAAAAAUGACACUAGUCCCAGGAAGUGGAGAGAUCAUCAAUGCAGACAAUAUAAUCAGGUUUGAGCACACACCCUUAGCAACACCCAAUGGAGAUAUUCUAAUCAGAGAUUUGGCCAUAGAGGUAACAUCUGGGACCAAUGUUUUGGUCUGUGGUCCCAAUGGUUGUGGGAAGAGUUCACUUUUCAGAGUCCUAGGAGAGCUUUGGCCCCUGUUUGGAGGCCGGCUCACAAAACCAGAGAGAGGAAAGCUGUUUUACGUUCCCCAGAGGCCAUACAUGACCCUGGGUUCCCUGAGGGAUCAGGUGAUCUAUCCAGACACACACAGUGACCAGAAAAGCAAAGGAAUCUCUGAUAAGGUGCUGAAGGAAUACCUGGACAAUGUCCAGCUGGGACACAUCCUGGAAAGGGAGGGCAGCUGGGACGUGGUGCGGGACUGGAUGGAUGUCCUCAGCGGUGGGGAGAAACAGAGGAUGGCUAUGGCACGGCUGUUCUAUCACAAGCCCCAGUUCGCCAUCCUGGAUGAGUGCACCAGCGCAGUGAGUGUGGAUGUGGAGGACUACAUCUACAACCACUGCAGGAAGGUUGGCAUUACUUUGUUCACAGUUUCUCACAGAAAGUCUCUAUGGAAACACCAUGAGUAUUACUUGCAUAUGGAUGGAAGGGGGAACUACGAGUUCAAACCCAUUACAGAGGAGACGGUGGAGUUUGGGUCAUAACGGGUGUGUUCCUUUUCUGGUGAUCCAUAUGGAGAUGAGUAAAUUGUAUGUUCAUGCCUCUUGCCAAAAAAAUAUGCUUCACAUUAAAGGUUGACGCUAUUUAAACCAAAUGUAAACUGUACACAAACUGUACACUUCAAAAAUGCAUUAAUCCACUCAAUAUGUGCUCUGAGAGCUUAAAACAAAAAUGUUUGAUUGUGUGAGAUUGUUUUUUCUUAUCUUUAUCCUGUAAUUUGUUUUUGGAAAAAAGUUAAUUUCUCUCCCCAAAUUGAAUUUCUGUGCCAUCCAUGGAUAUGUGAAGAGCAUUGUAACUGGUGCUUGUACACUCCUUUGAUGUAUUCACCUACCACUGCAUGACUAUUUUACACCCUGCAGUCCACACAGUACUGCAGGGCAGCUAGGAGAGGUGUAUCUCAUACUGACAGCAACCGGCCUCCUGCUAGCGUGGACCCCCAGUUAUAGUACACUAAUCGCAUUCUUUUCUAAUUAUUUGUGUGUUCAGUUUGAUCAUAAAGUAUUUAAGUAACAGGAGGUUCAACGAAUGAGGCAUCUCUUAGAAGUUAUCAUGGUAACAACCCACAUUUAAUUCUCUACAUGGCUGUUAAUAAUUGCUGCUAGCAUUCAUCGUGUAUGUUAAAAAUCCAAAAUUCUGUCUAUCAUAUUUUUAAAAGCAUUUGUUUUCUGUAGACCUGGUCCAAGGACCAGGAAUGUAGGAUCGUGUCCUUAUGGCCCUAGAGGGCUCUUGCGCUCGAAGUCUGCUCAAGUAUCGCUUCAGAAAUGUGUGUGAAAGUUCAUUAGGAUAAGAUGUGUGCUCCUCCACCUGACUAACCAGGGCACAGGUUUAUAAAUAACGUGACAGCAACUGUGAUGUUAGCACCAUGCUGUCUGCUGUCCUCUUGUGCAGUGUAAUUACUCAUUCUGUGACAUUCUAAGCAACGGAGCUUGAGCACAUUUUCUUGAAUCAGGGUGGGUUGCCAUUGCGCUCGCAUAAGCUUUGUCUUCGAAUGUCUCCAGUGUCUAUGUGCGAGGUCACUGACACUGCCUGGUUAAUGAGUUAUUAAUGCCAUGCUAAUAAAGUACAUUCGGAGCUGUUCAAAAUUAA